AGUCCGGCGCAGCGAAAUUUACAAACUGUUUGACAUGACACGUACGUGAAGCAUUUACUUCCAUGUGUUACUUGUUCUACACGCGUUCUUGUUAGAAAGUAAUAUAAUAACUUCAAGAAUAUAAAUUAUUUUUCUCUUUCUGUAUAAUACAUGAAUUUGUGCGGACUGUAAUACGCGUAUUAAAUUUGUUUGACCGAAGAUUAAUUAUAUUUUUAAUCAUGGAGAUCUUAUAUCACAGAACUAGUGCUAUGUUAGAAGAGGUGCAUCGACAUUUUGUUCGUUUGGAGAAAAGUUCUCCAGAAGAAGCUCACCUAAUUGAAAAUGAUAUUCAGUCGAUUUUAGAUUCAAUCUCCGAUAGUUGUUCGAAACUGGAUAUACUGGUAAAUAAAGAAGCUCCAAAUCGCAGGGUAGCUGCCCGUGUGCAAGUCGACCAGUUGAAAUAUGAUUUCCGGCAUUAUCAGACUUCUUUACAGAAUGCAAUUCACAGAAGGAUGUUACGAGAACAGGAAAUUCGGGAGCGCGAAGAGUUAUUAGCAAAAAAAUUUACAGCUAAUCCGCAGAAUACGGCAAUUAUGAUAGAUCAUUCGUUACAGCAUAAUGCUAGUCUUCAAAAUGCUCAUCACGGAAUUGAUGAAUUGAUUGGUUCUGGAAGCAGUAUUCUAACUAAUCUACGAGAUCAGAGAGUCACGUUAAAAGGGACUCAUAAAAAAAUUUUGGAUAUUGCUAAUACCUUAGGACUGUCAAAUACUGUUAUGAGACUCAUAGAAAAACGAACUUAUCAAGACAAAUAUGUAUUGUUUGGUGGUAUGAUUGUAACUUGCAUUAUAAUGUUUCUUGUAGUCAAGUAUUUAACAUAAUAUAUAUAUAUAUGUAUGAAAGUAAAGUUCCUAAUUUUA